UGCUUCUUGAGUCAAAGAAAAAGAAAUUAGUCGAAUGAAAACACGGAAGCAGUAAAGUAGUAAAAUGCUGCAGAGAAACUGUAUAAAAACGUUAUACGCGCUACAUCACGUGUUAUUAACAGCUUAUAUCGUCAUAUUCAGUCACGGAACACCUGAUGCUCUCUGUCAGGACCUUACAAUUAGUCCAGAAAGAUGUAUAGUUUGGGGCCCCGGACUGGAGCCGCGGGCGGUGACGCCGGUGCGUUAUUUUUAUAUUCAGGCGGUGAAAAAAGACGGAGAGAAUUUUACUGUUUCACCUGGUACAGACUCAUUCCAGGUGAGUGUGAGUGCUGUCUCGGGGCAGGAGCGAGUGCGUGUUCAUGUUCCUGCCCCACUGGAUCGGAGUGAUGGUUCCUUCCUCGUGAGAUUCCGGCUUUACUCGAGUGUGUUGAACGGUCUGAAGGUCGAAGUCUCUCACAAACACACACCUGUGGCUCAGUCUCCAUACACACUAACAGGAGCGGUGUAUCAUGAGGACUGUGAUUGUCCUGAGGAGGACGCAGAGUCGUGGCUGAGUGUGAUGAAGUGUCCGAGUGCAGAUCCUCAGGUGGAGCAGGAUUUCAGCGCUUUUCCUUCCAUCGAGCUGCAGCGAGUGAGACAGGAAGUGCCCUUGCGCUUCUUUAACAGAGGCAUCAUUCACUACGCCAUCAUCAACAACCAGCUGCACCGCCGCUCGCUCGGGAAGUACACUGACUUCAAGAUGUUCUCAGAUGAGAUGCUGCUUUCACUCACGCGCAAAGUCCGUGUGCCUGACGUUGAGUUCUUCAUUAACGUCGGCGACUGGCCGCUAGAGACUCGCAAAGUUACCGACGCUCCUGGACCACUUCCCAUAAUCUCGUGGUGCGGCUCAAAGGACACACGUGACAUCAUUCUGCCCACCUAUGACAUCACUCACUCCACCUUAGAGACGAUGAGGGGCGUGUCCAAUGACCUACUGUCUAUACAGGGAAACACAGGUCCCGUGUGGGGGAAUAAAACGGAGCGAGCGAUUUUCCGAGGCAGAGACAGUCGUGAGGAGAGAUUAAACCUCGUCUCCAUGUCCAAGAAGAAUCCUGAGCUGCUGGACGCUGGGAUCACGGCUUUCUUCUUCUUCCGUGAGCGAGAGAAGGAUCUCGGCAAAGCACCGCUGGUCGGCUUCUUCGAUUUCUUUAAGUAUAAGUACCAGGUGAACGUGGACGGGACCGUAGCUGCAUACAGGUUUCCGUACCUGAUGUUAGGGAACAGUGUGGUAAUGAAGCAGGACUCUCCUUAUUACGAACACUUUUACACACACCUGAGGCCUGGGCGCCAUUACUUACGGAUCAAGAGGGAUCUGUCUGAUCUGAUUGAGAAAAUCCAGUGGGCAAAGGACAAUGAUGGGGAAGUGGAGGCUGUAGCGAGAGCAGGACAGACGCUGACCAGAGAACUGUUACAGCCUCACAGACUCUACUGUUAUUACUACAUGGUGCUAAAGUCGUAUGCAGAUCGACAGGUGGGUAAACCUGCCCUUCACCCUGAUAUGGAGCGAGUGGGACAGCCUUCUGACCACAGUGCAGCGUGUCACUGUCACAGGAGGACGUGGGAGGGGUCACGUGUCGAGCUGUGACACGUGAUGUAAUCAUCAAACACUUCUACCUGCCACUGUGGGUGUGUCCCAAACCACACGCCAUUUUACUGCAGAGGUCACACACACCUUCACAUACAGCUCCAUGUAGACACACACUCACACACACACACACACACACACACACACACUCACACACACACACACA